CGGAUUCAUCAAAAGGUGAAAAAGUAACCUGAAGAAGUAAAGUUGUGUCCGCAAAGUGAAGAAAAGUGGUAGUUUUUCCGCGAUUUACAGGGAGCAGCAAGUGAUUACGACGGCAGAAUGCCCUCCCUGGCUGGCUGCUUCGUUGUGAAGUGUGCCGUGCGUGCGGUUUCGCGGGUGGAAGUGUAAUCUGGUUCGAUUGGAAAAUUUUCGUUUCAUGGUGGUGAUUUAAUGGCCGUGUUCGAUGAUAGCAGUAGCACCAGCAGCAGCAACAAUAUUAUUAGCAAGGUGAAAAGCAGCAAUGGUAACAGCGUUGUCGGCAGCACCAGCAGUAACAGCACCACCACAAUUAACACAGGAGCAACAGCCAAAGAGGCGAAAAUUCCCAGCCUGUCUCUGUACGACGGGGCCGCCAAUCUACCGACACAAAUGUCGGCCGACACGGACGAUACGGAUGACGAGCAGCAGCUGGUCCUCGAUCCGUACUCGCAACUCGAGGAGGACCUGCGGAACAUCAAGUCCGUGAUUCACGUUACCCGGGAAAACAUCGAUGCGCUCAAUGCCAAGUUUGCCGACUUCCAGCAACCGCCGACCCUAUAUCUGGAGGAGUACCAGGAGCUGACCUCGAAGCUGCACGACCUCGAAACCAAGGAGCAGGAGCUAAUGGAGCGGAAAAGUCAAAUGCAGGCGCAGGCACUGGCACAGGCCCAAAGCGAACGGGAAUCGACGAGUGAACCGAGCGAACCACCCGACCCGGAGGAACGCGUGGAGGUCGACAGCAUGUGCGGCACGUUGAGCCGUCAGUCAAAGAUGUUGCUGCGGGCUCAUCUGCCUAAUCAGCAGCGAACCUCGGUUCAGGUUAUUCCCGGUAUGCGGUUGAAGGAUGCGCUCGCCAAGGCUCUCAAGCGUCGUAAUCUCACCUGUGACAUCUGCGAAGUGACAUCGGCCAACAGCGACUACCCGAUUCCGUGGGAUACCGACGUGUGCUCGUUGCACUGUGAGGAGGUGUUUGUUCGCAUCCUGGACAUCGGCUUUCCCACGUACAUUUCGCAUCAGUUCAUCCGGAAGACGUUCUUCUCGCUGGCUUUCUGCGAAUGCUGUCGGCGGUUGCUGUUCACUGGAUUCUACUGCAAUCAGUGCAACUACCGGUUCCAUCAGAGGUGCGUGGAUAAGGUGCCACUGGUGUGCAGCAAGCGACAUAUGGAUAACACCUUCUACCACCAUCUGCUGGCCAAUCCGGAGAGCACGGUCGGAAUCAUCAAUCCGGGCACGGGCGGCUACAACACUAGUCUGCGACAUCCCCGCUCACUCAAUCAACAGGACCGGUCCAACUCGGCGCCGAAUGUGUGCAUCAACAGCGUGAUGAAGCCCCUGUUCGGCGGCGCAGACAACCGGACGUUGAUCAACUGUAGGCCGCUCCAGGUAAUCCAAUCCAACCAGGAACACUCACAUUCCACUCAAGCAUCACCAACGAACACGUUGAAGCAUAGCAAACGACCGAGGGCAAAAUCGGCCGAUGAAAGCAAUAAGAAUCUGCUCUCGCCGCGGGACUCCAAGCAGUCGGAGGAGAAUUGGAACAUCCAAGCGGAGGAGAUCCUUAUCGGCCAGCGUAUCGGAUCCGGAUCGUUCGGGACGGUCUACAAGGCGCACUGGCACGGGCCGGUUGCCGUCAAGACGUUGAACGUGAAGACGCCCAGCUCGGCGCAACUGCAGGCGUUCAAGAACGAGGUCGCCAUGCUGAAGAAAACUCGUCACUGUAAUAUACUGUUAUUCAUGGGUUGUGUAAGUAAACCAUCGCUAGCGAUCGUUACUCAGUGGUGCGAGGGCAGCAGUCUGUACAAGCACAUUCACGUCAAUGAGACAAAGUUCAAAUUGAACACGCUAAUCGACAUCGCUCGACAGGCGGCCCAAGGCAUGGACUAUUUGCAUGCGAAGAAUAUCAUUCAUCGGGAUCUCAAAUCGAACAAUAUCUUCUUGCAUGAUGACUUUUCGGUCAAGAUUGGCGAUUUCGGUCUGGCCACGGCGAAGGUCCGGUGGUCCGGUUCGCAGCAAUCCAAUCAACCGACCGGCAGUAUCCUCUGGAUGGCUCCGGAAGUUAUCCGAAUGAAGGAUCAAAAUCCAUACUCCUUCCAGAGCGAUGUAUACGCGUUCGGAAUCGUCCUGUAUGAAAUGCUGACCGAACAGCUACCCUACAGCCACAUCAACAACAAGGAUCAAAUCCUGUUCAUGGUUGGUUGUGGUAAGUUGCGCCCGGAUCCGACCAAAGUUCGCACCGACUGUCCGCAGGCACUAAAACGCUGCGUGGACGAUUGCAUUAAAUACAACCGGGAGGAACGUCCCCUCUUCAGGUUACUUUUGAACAUGCUCGAAAACAUGCUCCGAACGUUGCCGAAGUUCCAUCGCAGCGCGAGUGAACCCAACUUUACCCAGACGCAGCUUCAGAACGAGGACAUUCUCUAUCUUUGCUCGAGUCCGAAAACGCCAGUUAAUUUCCACAACUUUCAAUUCUACAACGGCACCGGUAACAUCUAGCGCAUUCGCUCGGUACUGGCGCCCGUGGUCAUCACAAUUUAGGCGUCUCGUGAAUGACGCUUGGAUACUUUGGAACUUUGAAUUCAGUUCUUGUGUGGCAGCAGUUAUAUAAUUACAUACAAUUAGGACAGUUCAAGGCGCUAACGCUGUCUAUCUCCUAGACUGGUGUAAAUAACUACGGUUUCUCUUCUGAGGAGAGAACAAUAGUACGAGGCAUAUGUUACAAGAUAUAGAUUACACAAAAAAAAGCGCUUUCCGGAGGGUCCGGGAAAUGUAUCAUCACUGUGGUUUCGUUUAUGAGCUGGUGAAAUUUCGCAAUAUUUGAGUUGAUAUUGUUUUCCUUUUGAGUAUCCAGGUUAGUUCUGUUUUUGUUUUGUUUUUGUAAAUAUGAUUUAAGUGAUAGGGAGCUAGGACUAACUUGUGUACAAGGAACCUAUCGACGAUUUCACUAGGUUUAGUUUAUACUUUAUUUUUAUUUACAACAAAAAAAGAGUUAGCAGCAGCUGUAUGUUUUGUGUUUCCUCAAGAAGUUUUGUAAAAGUAUGUCUAGGUGAAAUGUGUGAAAUUUACAAAAUUACUCGAGGUCAGAUGAAUACUUUUCCCUAAACGAAUUCCUAAUAUUGGUGCCAUCGAAAAAGUAAGUGUAUUAGUAAGCUUUCUGACUGAGCAAGAACCAAGUGACGAUGAUUGAUUGGUCCAUUUUAAACAUUAACUGCUAUGGACCAGAGUUGAAGAGUAGAAAACUUACUCAAAGUGAAGCUUGCAACACUGAUGUCGAUCAAUUGGCAUUUUUAUUUUAUUUUGGCAACCUUUGUUUUUGUUUACAUCUCGGAUGACUUCACCUGGGUUGUGAAAGUUUUAUCUAGUUUCGAUAUCAAUACUUCACCCGCCACAGAGUCUGCCUACUAUGCUCGAUUAUAGUCGCUAUAUUUAUAGUCUGGCGGCUAGAAUCUCGGGAACCAAUCGAGCAUAUCACGACCAACAUCAGAAAAGAGCAUAUAAGCUUUUGUGAACAAAACUUCGGAAUCCCUUAUCAAGUAAUUCAAGGGUUACCUAUGCAAACCAACA